AUGGCCGAUCACUCGCUCGAGGCCGAGAAUUCCCCGGCCUUCCGCCGCGGGAGGCGGAGGCACACUACCCCGGUGAGGUCCGAGUACGUCUCCACCUCCUCAUUCUCGACCUCGAGCUCCUACGUCUUCCCCCACCUAGGGGGGGCCGGGAGGGCGACCCCGGCCUCCCCCUUUGCCACGGACGGCGACAGGUCGUGGCAGGGGGAGCUCUCGUGGCAGUUCGAGCCCUCGGGCUGGCAAGAGAAUCGGGGCCUCGGUGCUGCUGCGUUCGGCCCCUGGGCCACGAGCUCGUCUGCUACUCCGCGUAGCAGGAUCUUCAGAAGAUCGGCUAACGACUACUUUAUGUCGCGUACUUAUGGUGGGAUCCCGAGUCGUGACUUCUCGGGAUCCGGAUAUGAUCUUACGCCGCAGGCCCGGCCGCAGAGGCUGGAGCUGCAGAGUUACGUUGGGCCGGCCCAGGCCGGCCCAAUGGUGACAAUUAAUGAAGGGAGUGGGAGAAGUUUAGAGGAUGAGACCGCGAGUCUUGACCAGUUGCCUGGCGACAUGGACCGCCAGAUGCGCCUGAUCAAGACGUACCGCGAUCUCAACCACAAACACGAACGCGAACAGGACCAGCGAUGGUUCUCUGUUUCCCAUGCUUACAUGGACAGGAAUGAUCAUGAUCAUGACCAUGAUCAUCGCGGUCAUGAACAUGAUCAUGAUCAUCAUAAAGUUGGGAGAGGUGACUUGGAAGGCGGCGGGGGCCACUCCAUGCCAGUUGUCGUUGAUUAUCACGACGAGGGUGAGGGUGAGGAUGAGGACGAAGAGGAUGAGGCUGUGGCGCGGAGAUCGGUUGGGCUGUUUGGUUUGUUUAGGUACGCGAUGGUGCUCGAUUUUGUGUUGAUAUUGUUUGGAAGUUUGGGAGCUUUCAUCAAUGGAGGAUCUUUGCCUUUUUAUUCUUUGCUUUUUGGGAAAUUUGUGAACAAGCUUGCCCUUGGAGGAUCUGAUAAGGAUAAGAUGAUGGACGAAGUGGACACUAUAUGUCUAUAUAUGACUGGACUUGCAGCCAUUGUUAUGGUGGGAGCUUACUUAGAGAUCGCGUGCUGGAGGCUGGUUGGCGAGAGAUCAGCCCACCGGAUCAGAACCGAGUAUCUGAGAGCCGUCCUAAGGCAGAACGUGGCGUUUUUCGACACAGAGAUAACCACAAGCGACAUAAUGCACGGAAUCUCUAGUGAUGUUGCACAAAUUCAAGAAGUCAUGUCCGAAAAGAUGGCGCAUUUUGUGCAUCACGUUUUCACCUUCUUUUGUGGAUAUGCCGUUGGAUUCAAGAGCUCGUGGAAGGUGUCUCUAGCCGUUUUCGCAGUGACGCCGUUAACUAUGUUUUGUGGCAUCGCGUAUAAGGCCAUCUACGGCGGCUUAACGGCCAAAGAAGAGGGUUCGUACAGAAAGGCCGGGAGCAUAGCGGAACAAGCCAUAAGCUCAAUCAGAACAGUGAUUUCCUUCGCAGCAGAGGAAAUUUUGGCGGGAAAAUACAGCGAGCUUCUCGAGAGGUCGGUGCCUCUCGGGGCGAAGCUCGGGUUCGCGAAGGGGGCCGGGAUGGGGGUGAUUUAUCUCGUCACGUAUGCCACUUGGGCUCUUGCCUUUUGGUACGGCUCCAUUUUAGUUGUAAAUGGCGAUCUCUCCGGUGGCUCCGCCAUUGCCUGUUUUUUCGGUGUCAACGUCGGCGGAAGAGGCCUAGCAUUGGCCUUAUCUUACUUUGCGCAGUUCUCGCAAGGAACCGUGGCCGCGAGCAGAGUGUUCGAAGUGAUAGAGAGAGUUCCCGAGAUCGAUCCUUAUAGCUCCGAGGGGAGGAAGCCGUCGAGCAUGCGUGGUAGGAUCGAGUUCAGAGGAGUCUCCUUCGCUUAUCCAUCGCGCCCCACCGUCCCGAUUCUUCAAGCUCUGGAUCUCGUCAUCCCGCCUUCGAAGACUCUAGCACUCGUCGGAGCGAGUGGUGGCGGGAAAUCGACCGUUUUUGCUCUUAUAGAGAGGUUCUAUGAUCCAACACAAGGAUUUAUCAACAUCGACGGCUACGAUUUGAGGACUCUGCAGGUGAAGUGGCUGAGGAAUCAGAUAGGCAUGGUGGGCCAAGAGCCGGUUCUCUUCGCAACCACAAUCCUCGAAAAUGUGAUGAUCGGAAAAGAGAACGCAACCAAGAAAGAGGCCGUGGCCGCCUGCGUCGCGGCCAACGCGCACUCCUUCAUCUCCGGCCUGCCCCAGGGCUACGACACCGAGGUCGGGGACCGCGGGACGCAGCUCUCGGGCGGCCAGAAGCAGCGCAUAGCGCUGGCCCGCGCCAUGAUCAAGGAUCCGCGGAUCCUGCUCCUGGACGAGGCGACGAGCGCGCUGGACGCGGAGUCGGAGGCGGUGGUCCAGAAGGCCAUCGACAAGAUCUCGGGCGGGAGGACCACCGUGAUCAUCGCUCACAGGCUGGCCACGGUCAGGAACGCCCACACGAUCGUGGUGAUCGACCGUGGCACGGCCGUGGAGAGCGGUGAUCACGGGGGGCUGAUGGAGAAGGGAGGCGCGUAUUUUGAUCUCGUCAAGCUGGCGUCCCACGGGCGGGCCGGGGAGGCUAAGGGUGUGGAUGUGGCGGAGGCGGAGAGGCCGGUUUGGGGUGGAGAGAUGAGCAAUGUGGAGAAAUCUAUGAAUGUGGAGAUGGGAAAUGAAGAGAGGGAGGAUAGUUAUAGGUUAGGGGAGGUUUGGAGUUUGCAAAGGCCAGAAGGAGGUGUGUUGAUUCUUGGUUUGGUUUUAGGUAUGUUUGCAGGGGCAAUUUUGUCUAUUUUUCCAUUUAUUUUGGGUGAGGCUCUUAGGGUUUACUUUGAUGAUGUGGAUGAUUUGAAAGAGGAGAUUAAUAGGCUAUGUUUGGUGUUGCUUGGUUUGGGAUUUGGGUGCAUCUUGACCAUGAUUGGGCAGCAGGGGUUCUGCGGCUGGGCCGGGACGAGGCUGACUAGGCGCGUCCGGGACUCGUUGUUCCGGGCGAUGCUGAGGCAAGAGCCCGGUUGGUUCGACGCACCCGAGAAUUCCGGUGGGAUUCUUGUGUCAAAGUUGUCUAUUGAUUGUGUUAGCUUCAGAUCAGUUCUUGGUGACAGAAUCUCUGUUUUGUUGAUGGGCCUGAGCUCGGCCGGGGUCGGGCUAGGGAUCUCGGCCCGUCUGGAGUGGCGGCUGGCGCUCAUGGCGCUGGCCGUCACUCCCCUGACGCUCGGGGCGAGCUACUUGAAUCUGAUCGUCAACAUCGGGCCGAGGUUGGAUAACGCGGCCUACGAGAAAGCCAGCACUAUUGCCGCGGGGGCCGUGUCGAGUAUAAGGACCGUGGCAACGUUUGGGACCCAGGAGACCGUCGUCCGGUCCUUUGACCGGGCCCUGGGGGAGCCCAGGCGGACCUCUGUCAGGCGGUCACAGAUCAUGGGGUCCGUCCUGGGGUUCUCCCAGGGCGCGAUGUACGGUGCGUACACGUUAAUUCUGUAUUUCGGCGCGUUUCUUGUGAAGAAGGGGUACACCAACUUUGGGGUUGUGUACAAGAUUUUCUUGAUUCUCGUGCUCAGCUCGUUCUCUGUCGGGCAGCUGGCCGGGCUGGCGCCCGACACUUCUAUGGCCGUGACGGCCAUACCGGCCAUUUUUAGGAUCCUGCGCCGCAAGCCUUGCAUUAGCAGCGAGGGCAGGCGGGGCAGGAGGCUUGAGGGCGCAAAAUCAGUGGACCUCGAGCUCAAGAAGGUGACGUUCGCUUACCCGACGAGGCCGAAUGUGGCCGUGUUGAACAAUUUCAGCCUCAAGAUUAGGGCAGGGAAGAUGGUGGCGUUGGUGGGAGGGAGUGGAUCAGGGAAAUCAACAGUUGUGUGGCUAAUACAGAGAUUUUAUGAUCCUAAAAGAGGGAGAGUUUUGAUGGGAGGUUUUGAUUUGAGGGAGUUUGAUCUCAACUGGUUGAGAAGGCAGGUGGCUCUAGUCGGCCAAGAGCCGUCGCUCUUUGCCGGGAGCAUCCGCGAGAACAUCGCGUUCGGUGACCCGAACGCAUCGUGGUCGGAGAUCGAGGAGGCGGCAAAGGAGGCCUACAUUCACAAGUUCAUAUGUAGUCUGCCUCAAGGAUAUGAAACUGAGGUUGGGCAGAGUGGUGUGCAGCUAUCGGGCGGGCAGAAGCAGCGGAUCGCGAUAGCGCGAGCCGUGCUAAAGAAGGCGAGGGUGCUGCUGCUGGACGAGGCUAGCAGCGCGCUGGACUUGGAAUCGGAGAGGCACAUCCAGAACGCGCUAAAGAAGGCCUCAAGGCGAGCCACAACUGUCGUGGUGGCCCACCGCCUCUCCACGAUCAGGGAGGCGGACUUCAUAGCCGUCAUACGCGACGGCUCCGUGGCCGAAUAUGGCGACCACGAAACCCUGCUGGCUGCCAACCUGGAUGGCAUCUAUGCCAACUUGGUUAGAGCAGAGACAGAAGCCAUGGCAUUUGCUUGACAUGUCAAAAAUGUGCAUUAGAAUGUUAAGAAAAAUAGAAAAAAACAGCAUGUUUUUCAUUCCAUUUUUGGCUUAAACUAGGUUGAUUGCUCUAAUUGUUCGAAAAUUCAUUGAGCACAUUUCAAAUGCCAUUAUUUAAUUUGUAGGUGAAAAAAUAAAGUAAGAAAGAUUACCU